AUGAACUCGGUGCUCCAGUGCCUUAGCAACACUCAGGCCCUUGCUGAAGCCUGCCUUGACAGGUCGUACACGCGAGACUUGAACGAGGGCAGCAGUAUGCGCGGAAGAUUAUUUGAAGCAUAUGCUGACCUGAUGCGGCAAAUAUGGGAGCCCACAAGUGGUCCCCAGACAUACGUCAGUCCGCAACGCUUCAAAGCUCAGGUCCAAAAAUUUGCUCCACGUUUCAUGGGCUAUGCGGGUUUCAAUAUUCCGUCUUUUACCUAUGUGUAUUUUUGCCUGGAUCCUAUCUCAAAGUUAUGUUUUUGUCAUCUUUGGGGUCCAAGACAGCAGGAUGCUCAGGAGUUUUUGCGCUACCUCCUCCAAGGCCUGCAUGAGGACGUCAAUCGCGUGCAAAAACGGCCUCCCUCCGAGAAUCCCGACUAUGACAAGGAGGACAAGAUGCCUGACGCAGACAAAGCGGCGUUGUACUGGCGCAGGUACAAGGCAAUCGAUAAUAGUAUAAUUGCUGACUUAUUCAUGGGCCAGUUGAUGAGCACACUGGAGUGCACCUCCUGUGGUUACAAGUCGACUACCUUUGACCCCUUUUGGGAUCUCAGUCUACCUAUUCCGAAGCGCAAUUGUCUCACCUACGAAAAAAUGUUUCCUCGGCAUCCCAAACAGGGCAACCAGCUUUAG